AUGGGAACCUGGCAGGUGCUGCUAACCAUCUCCUUCUUUUUCCUCCCUUUGGCCGCCCACGGGAGGCAUGCACUGGGCAGGCACCAUCGUCACCAUAACCAAUCAUCAGUCCACAAAGUGGCCUUGACCCCCAAGAUGGCGCUGAGUGACGACUCUGCAGAGAGGGACCACCUGAUCGGCCUCGGGGCUUCACUUCCACUCAGUACCAAACGGCACCAUUCUCACAAACACAAAUAUCUGGACUUCAUUGAAGAAGAACCCCCCAUGGGAGAGGAGCUCACUGCUGGGGGGGCCGGCCCAGACCAGGCUGGGAACCCCAUGGUUGAUGAUGUAAUUGUAGCUUUUCACAGCCCAGCACCUGACACAGUGCCAACUGACCAAGAUGUGGCUUGGGCUAAAGUUCCACAAGCUCAAAAGCAAAAAACAGACAGCAAACAACCAUCAUGGUCUAUCAAUGACUUCUACGAAUACACAGACACUGACCUCUCUGCAGUAGAUCCCACUCCUGAACCAGAACCCACGCCGUCUCUUCCUGCAACUAUGGAAGAUGAAAAUCCAAUGCUGCCUGAAGUGACAAAGAAAGUGUGGCCUGACAGUGUGGCCUCUUUACCGGCUCCAACACAGCUCAUUCCAGGCAAAGCGGAGGAUGUCAAGGGGGCAGACGGCUGCAACCUGGGCUUUGUCCGCUCAGGCACCGGGGCGUGCGUGUCCCAGUGUGAACUAGAACCCAAUUUCUGUUUGAAUGACGGAGUCUGCACUGUGGUGCCGGAAAUGGGCGCCUUCUGCAGGUGCAAUAUGCAAAACUACAUCUGGAACAAAGGCACACGUUGCGACCAAACCGUGACUGAGUUUCAAGUGCUGUGUGUGGUUGUGAGUGUGUCCUCCUGCGUGCUCCUCCUGCUCUUCAUGAUCAUCGUUUGCUUUGGUAAAAGACUUCACCGCCUCAAGAGCGAGAACCGGCGCCUUCGCAAACGCAGUAAAUUCCGUCCCCAGAGCACCGAGCCACAGACGGACGGCCUUUCUCUUUCCACCACCGCAGACGGCUCUCAGCCCAAUGUAAGGAAACUGUGCGAGACCCCGCCGCCCGCCCCCCACGCUCACACCCACAACCUUGCUUACUAUGACAACAUUAUCUGUCAGGAGGAUCCCCAGAAGCACAAUGACCUGAAGUCCCCACAGUCCAAGGAGGACAGCUCCAUGAACAUCCUCAACUCUCACUCUCCCAAACAUGAGAACAACCGGCCCACAUCCAUGGGCCAUGAGCAAGGCCGCACCCCCCAUGCUGCAGAGGAGAACACAGAGGAUGGAGUGACUAUUGGUCUGGAGGUUCUCCUCCCCAAAGAAGCCAAGCGGCAUUCGGAAAGUAACCCACUUCAAUAUGAUGUCUUCCUCUACAAAGUUGCCAACAAUGGAGACUAUGCCCAAUCUGAAGCCACACAACACACUUCAAAGUCCCCCAAAACUCCAAGGUCUUCCAAGUCGCACAAGCACAAAUCUCCUAAGUCCCCUAAACGCUCCAGAGACAAGUCUCCACAUUCCAGAGACAAGUCUCCACAUUCCAGAGACAAAUCUCCACAUUCCAGAGAUUCUCUCCCUGAGAGGCACUCCUCUUCUGGUCACCAACACUCCCCUCAUCAGCCAUCGCCCAGUGUCCGUCACUCUGCUCCUGGGUGCUAUAGCCAUCAAUCCCAUCACACACCCACACAAUACAAAAUUGUGACCAGCUCCUCGACCACCACACCUCCUCAACUACGUGUACCAAGAGGACGGUCGCAGGCGCCCGGAUCUCUGCACUCAGCCCAGGAUGCUCAGUACCAGGGAAGACACAUUCAUCCAUCUCCAUCCUCUCCACACCUCACCCAACCUCCUUCGUCACCAACGCGGCUCAAGUACAGCCCAGUCAGCACCAGGUCCCUGCCUCCACUCUCUUGA